CCCACCGGAGCCCGAUGCGGCUCCGGCCGAGCGGCCACGGGGGCCGGGAGGGGGGAGAAGUGCAGAGCCCCCCCAAACUGCUGCACGACUCCCGCUCCCCUCUGUAUUAUUUUUCUUUACGAGCGGGGCACUCCUUCCUCUUUAACCCGGAGGGGGGGUGGGGGACAGCGGGGACCCCCCCAUCUGCACGCCCAUGGCCGGGUCUCCCCGCUCCCAGCCCCGACCCCCCCGGCUCCGCUCCCCCCAAACUUUGCCUUCGGAUGCGGGGACUCCGCCACCGCUGAUUAAUUGAUUGCAUCUGCCUCGGAUUAAUUAUUCACCCUCUUGUUUUUCAGUAUUUUUCUUCUUCUUCUUUUUUUAAAAUUAUCCUUAUUAUCGUCUUUUUUUUUUUUUUUCUUUUUUUUUUCCCCAUCUUGUUUUACUCGCGGUGGGAACGCUUUAAUUCCGAUUUUCUUUUCGGAAGGCUGAGAUUUGGACAUCUUAUCUAUCUAUAUUAUUUUAUUGUGCACUGGGGGGGCCGGCGGCUCGCGAGCCCUGCAGCAUCAUCCUUCACCGGCACAGCUUUGAUUUGCUUUGAUUUUUUCUCCGGGGGUGGGGGGUCCACGUGCUCUUCUCCCCCCUGGAUCCUGAAGAGGAAGAGGAGGAAGAAGAGGAGGAAGAAGGGGGGGGGACGACCCACCCCCGGCUCGGAGCCCCCCGCAGGCGCUGGGGGGGCUGCGGCAGACAGGGGUGGGGGGGCCGGGGCUGGGGUGCUCCGUGCUCUGAGCUGAGGGGGGGGACGCCGAGUACCCCCCUUUUCCCCCCCCCACCCCCAAUCCCACCCUUGGCUGCUGCCGCCGGUUCGCACGUGGUUGGAUUUAGGGGAUUUCUGCGGGUUUUUUGGUGCUGGCUUUGGAUUUUUUAAUUAUUAUUAUUUUUUAAGCGGGUGGGGGGGGGGUUAGAAGGGGGGUUCAGGGCCUGGCUGCCCCCCGCCCUCCUAUCGCUGUUCCCCCCCCCCCCCGCCCCCACCCCAACACCUCAACAUGGGCUCUCUGGAGAAGAUGCUGUCCGGGCCGGCCGCUCUGCUCUGCUGCCUCUGUUCGCUGCUGCUGCUCGCCCAGGCCAAGGGGCCAGUUCCCAGCCCUGAGCCAUCUGAGCCCCCUGGUGCCACGAUGCUGCCCGUGAGCUACCGCCUAUCCAACACUCGCUUGGCCUUCUUCCUCAAGGAGGUGGGGGCCAGCCCCCCAGCCAACAGCAGCACCCCUCUGCAACGAUCCGAGCCCUUCGUCGUCUUCCAGACCAAGGAGCUGCCCGUGCUCAAUGUCACCCUGGGACCCUUUAGCACAGGGUUGGUGCUGCCCAAGGAGCACCUGCAGCCUUCCAGCACCCUGGAAGUCCCCAACCGCCUCACAGUCAACUGGAAGGUGCGCGCCUUCAUCAUCCAACCCCGGUUGGUGGCCAACCAGCCCGUGGUCCAAGUGCUCUUCUAUGUGGCCGGUCGGGAUUGGGAUGAUUUCGAUGUCACUGAUCGGUUGCCCUGCGUCAGGCUUCACGCCUUCCGCGAUGCCCGCGAGAUCAAGAGUUCGUGCAGGCUGCGGGGCAGCCUGGCCACCUGCCUGGUGCAGGCUGAGCUGCCUCACGCCUGGUUCCGGCCCGCCGCUGUGCCACUGGGCCGCAGGAAGGGCCCUGAUGGCAUGGAGGUGCCAGGUGAGAGCCAACAAGUCGAGCUCUACUACACUCUUCACGCCCCCGAUGGGGCCGGACAGUGCCUUGGGGACACAUCGGCAUCAUCCCCUCGUCGAGGGAGUGGAGGGGCAAGGACUGAGGGUCCCACACAGCACCCGCUGUUGCGCAUCGGUAGUGUCAGCCUUCUGCAGCCUCCCCCUGCACAGCCCAUGCAGGAGCAUCGGUUGGAUGGCAAUGUCUUCAUCCGCCUGCCUGACCGGCCUCUGAAGCCGGGUGAGGUGCUGAGCAUCCUGCUCUACCUGAUGUCCAACUCCACGGUGGAGCACUUCACCCUCAGGGUGAAGGCCAAGAAAGGCGUCAACCUGCUCAGCACCAAGUCGAGGAGUGGGCAGUGGCUGGUGAGCUCAGAGCUGCUGACAGGUGGCAAACACUCCACGGCCACCGUUGACGUGGCCAAGGUGGAGGGCACCGGCCCCAGGGAUGGAGAAUCCUCCUCUGAGAUCAUGCAGCUGGAUUUUGAGAUGGAGAACUUCACCAGCCAGUCGGUGACACGCCGCAUCAUGUGGCACAUCGACUACCGGGGCCGUAACCCCCCUCCUGACCUGGAGAAGGUGGUGACAGAGCUGACGGUCAUCCAGAGGGACAUCCGGGCCAUUGUGCCCCUGGCCAUGGACACAGAAAUCAUCAACACAGCCAUCCUGACGGGCCGAACAGUGGCCAUUCCUGUGAAGGUCAUUGCAAUUGAGUUGAGUGGUGUUAUCGUGGACGUCUCAGCCAUGGUGGAGUGCAAAUCCAACAAUGAAGACAUCAUCAAGGUCUCCAGCAGCUGUGACUACGUCUUUGUCAGCGGGAAGGAAUCGCGGGGCUCCAUGAGUGCCCGGGUCACCUUCACGUACGAGCACCUCUCUGCCCCGCUGGAGAUGACGGUGUGGGUGCCCAAACUGCCGCUGCACAUCGAGCUCUCAGACUCACGGCUGAGCCAAGUGAAGGGCUGGAGGGUGCCCAUCCUGCCGGACAGGAGGUCAGUGCGGGACAGCGAGCACGAGGAGGAUGAAGAGGAGCGGAAGCAGAGCCGGGGCUGUGCCCUGCAGUACCAGCACGCCACACUGCAGGUCUUCACCCAGUUCCACACCACAGCGGCAGAGGGCACGGGGCAGGUGGUCACCAUGCUGGGACCCGACUGGCUGGUGGAGGUUACCGACCUGGUCAGUGACUUCAUGCGCGUGGAUGACCCGCGGGUGGCCCACCUGGUGGACAGCUUCACGCUGGCUGGCAGAGAGCCGGGAACCACGCUCUUUAAGGUCGUGUCCCCGCUCAUGGAGGCGGUGCUGGGUGAGACACUGGUGACGGUGGCGGAGGAGAAGGUCAGCAUCACAGACCUGAAGGCCCAGGUGGUCUCCAGCCUCUCACUGUCCCUCCACCCCAGCCCUGGAAAUAGCCACACCAUCAUUGCUCGCACGGCUGCCCAGCAGACCCUCAGCUUCCUCAAGCAGGAAGCGCUGCUGAGCCUGUGGAUUUCCUACAGCGACGGCACCACAGCCCCUCUUUCCCUCUACGACCCCAAGGACUACAACCUGGUGGUGAGCAGCCUGGAUGAGAAGGUGGUGACGGUGACCCAGGACCGAGCCUUCCCCUUGGUGGUGGCAGAGAGCGAAGGUGUGGGGGAAUUGCUGCGGGCCGAGCUGGUCAUCUGCGAGAGCUGCCAGAAAACCAAGCGUAAGAGCGUGCUCUUCACAGCCCUGGCCAGUGUGCGGGUUCAUUUUGGCUCCGAGGAGGACCCGACCUAUGACUACGACCACGUUCCCAGCAGACCAGGGCUGGAGGCGGGGUCGAGCACCACUCUGCGGGCAGAGGUGGAGAGAAAAGCGGAGCCGAGCGAGGACAGUAGGAUGCCCAGUGCGUCUCACCCCACAGAGGACUUCCCCACCAUCCCCACUGGCUUUGUCCAAGUGACCCGAGGGCUGACGGACCUGGAGAUAGGCAUGUACGCCCUUCUGGGCGUCUUCUGUCUGGCCAUCUUGGUCUUCCUCAUCAACUGCAUUGUCUUUGUGUUGAAAUACCGGCACAAACGCAUCCCACCUGAAGGUCAGACCAACAUGGACCACUCCCACCACUGGGUCUUCCUGGGCAAUGGGCAGCCCUUGCGGGCUCACAAUGACCUCUCCCCACAGCCUGAGAGCCCCGGGAACCCCCUGGAAAAUGUGCAGACCUGCUGCCAUGCGGACCACCACAGCAGUGGGAGCUCACAGACCAGUGUGCAAAGCCAGGUCCAUGGUCGUGGGGAUGGUUCCUCGGGGGGUUCCACACGGGAUCAGAGUGAGGACCCCCUCAACUCGCCCACUUCCAAACGGAAGCGGGUGAAGUUCACCACCUUCGCCACGUUGCCCACUGAUGAGCUGGCUUACAACUCCAUCCCCAUCGCUGAUGAGGAGGACUUGGAGUGGGUCUGCCAGGACAUGGGGCUGCAAGACCCCGAAGAGCUUCACAACUACAUCCGCAGAAUCAAAGAGAUCGCUUAACACAGGGGCAGAGGG